CUUCCAGGCCUGGGCUCUGGCCGCCCGCGCCACCGGGCCGCUCCGGGGACAGGCCGGGGCGGGGCGCGGCGGCAGGAAACGGGGCGGGGACUCGCGGAGGCGUUGGGGACGAGAGAGGGCGCGGCCAACUCCCGGGGGGACGGCAGGCCGAGAGCGCGGCGCCUGGGCCUGGCGCCGAGCCUGAGCCCGCCGGACGGGAGGCGGCCCCGCCGCGGGCUCGGCCCCGGCCCCAGCCCCAGCCCCGCCAGCAUGGCCGGCCGGACUGUACGGGCCGAGACCCGGAGCCGGGCCAAGGAUGACAUCAAGAAGGUGAUGGCGACCAUCGAGAAGGUCCGGAGAUGGGAGAAGCGAUGGGUGACUGUGGGCGACACUUCCCUUCGUAUCUUCAAGUGGGUGCCAGUGGUGGACCCCCAGGAGGAGGAGCGAAGGCGGGCAGGUGGCGGGGCAGAGAGAUCCCGUGGCCGGGAACGUCGGGGCAGGGGCGCCAGUCCCCGAGGGGGUGGCCCUCUCAUCCUGCUGGAUCUUAAUGAUGAGAACAGCAACCAGAGUUUCCAUUCGGAAGGUUCCCUGCAAAAGGGCACAGAGCCCAGUCCUGGGGGCACCCCCCAGCCCAGCCGCCCUGUGUCACCUGCCGGACCCCCAGAAGGGGUCCCUGAGGAGGCUCAGCCCCCACGGCUGGGCCAAGAGAGAGAUCCCGGGGGCAUAACUGCUGGCAGCACCGACGAACCCCCAAUGCUGACCAAGGAGGAGCCUGUUCCAGAACUGCUGGAAGCUGAGGAUUCGGGAGUGAGAAUGACGAGGAGAGCCCUCCACGAGAAGGGGCUGAAGACAGAGCCCCUCAGGAGGCUCCUGCCCAGGAGGGGCCUCCGGACAAAUGUCCGGCCCAGUUCCAUGGCGGUGCCGGACACCAGAGCUCCCGGGGGAGGCAGCAAGGCCCCGAGGGCACCCAGAACAAUCCCCCAGGGUAAGGGGAGGUGAGUGGGCUCCCCAAGCAAGCCAAGACCCCUAAAGCCUCCCUUGGCUGCCCCAAGAUCCAGCCACUACCUGUGCCCCGAGGGCGGAAAGAGCUUCCCAGCUCACCCACCGCGGUAACAUCGGAGGGCAAGCGGCCCUACACCUGCCCGAACCUAAGGCCACAGCACCCAUCUGGCUCGCCACUGGCGCCCGAAUGCAUGGGAAGGGCUCAGGGCAGAACUCGGACCACAUCCAGUGCCUGAGGCCGCCUUGCUAGAGGCCUAGGGGAGGGGUGCACUGGGCUGCCUCGCCCACCUCCUCACGCACCCAUGCGGCCACCCUCCCAGCGGUCUGAGUGUGCCAUGCGAGGCGCCUGCCAUCCCGGGAGAGGCGCCGAGUCCCGAGUCCUGCCGGCACUGAGCCUCCGGGUCCACAGCGGGCAAGGGCCGUGGCGGGGACAAGCGCAGGGGACCCGCCGGCCUCCCGCCUUCUGCAGCACCACGAGAUGCCCACGUGGCACCUGGACGUCCACGCAUGUGUUGAGGCCCUUGCACGCGCAGAGACCCCAGCGCAGAAGCCGCCCCGCACGCCAGGGCUUAUGUAUGCCAGCGCUGGGAGACCUCCAGGGCCCGAGGACAUACGGCAAGUGGUUCCACCGGGGUGUCAGCCUAGCAGGCCAACCUGGGAACCCAUGUGGACAAGCGGCCUUUCAGCCCAGGCGCCCGCCUCGUGUGGAGGCGUGGAGACUUCUGGCGCAGCCCUGAGCUGGUGGCCUAACCUACCUGGAAAAUCCUAGCCCGAGAAGCAGCGCGAGUGAGGCUUUUGGGUGGUUCCAAGGCCCUUCACCAAGCUCUCACUUCCUGACUUCACCGUUGGGUCUGUUGUACUAGGAAAUAAUAACGCCUCCCAUUUAUCAAGGGUUUACUCUGUACCAGGCAUUGUGACUGAUGUAAUUUAGUUCUCACUGCAUCCCUGUGGCAUGGAUAUUCUCAUUAUCUGCAUUUUGCAGAUGGAGAAAUUGAGUCUCUGAGAGGUUAAGGAACCUGCCCAAAGUCAGCAAUGCAGUACCACUUCUUGUGCUGGGACACAGCGGGGUUAAGGCCAUGGGUUAACAGGGCCUCCAUUUAUGGAGAGCAUUCAUUUUUCUCUGGUGAAUUACAGAAAACGCUUUCUACACUGAAGUGAGUAAGAUACUCCCUGGGAUGAAAGUCAACAUUCGUACCAAUGAUUGAGAUGACAGAAAUUUCACGCUUCAAGCCAAUGCUUUAGGUUCAGCCCAUGGAAUUCUGGAAUGACCUUUUCUCAGUCGUCACCAGGGUGAUGUUGGUGAAGGAAGCUCCAUUCCAGGACCAGCUCCUGUGUAGAGCCUUCCUGGAGGCCAACAAGGAUGACCUCUCUCCAUUUGCCAUCCCACUGGGUUGUCUGGGAAGUUCAUCCAGUUCCUCUGGGCUAAGAUUUCCAAGUUCCCAAAAGGGAAACUAAUCUUCAGGAGUUGGGAAUGAAAAAAUGGGAUUUGGGGGAAUUCCUGAAAGCAUGUUAUUCUGUAUUUUUCAUAACUUUCUGUGUUUUUUGUUUGUUUGUUUGUUUGUUUUUUUGAGACAGAGGUUUGCUCUUGUCACUCAGGCUGGAGUGCAGUGGUGUGAUCUCGGCUCACUGCAACGUCUGCCUUCCGGGUCCAAGUGAUUCUCCUGCCUCAGCCUCCCUAGCAGCUGGGAUUACAGGCACGUGCCACCAUGCCCGGCUAAUUUUUUGUAUUUUUAGUACAGAGAGGGUUUCAUCAUGUUGGCCAGGCUGGUCUCAAACUCCUGACCUUAGGUGAUCCACCCACCUCAGCCUCCCAAAGUGCGGGGAUUACAGGCGUGAGCCACCAUGCCCGGCCACUUUCUGUAUUUUUUGAUAAAUAAGAAAUACACAUUUAGUAGUAGUUACAAAGAACUGUAGGCCGUAGCAAAUAUUCAGUAACUGGAAGAUGCCAAUGAACAUUGUUGGGUAGUAUUAUUUAAAUAACAAAAUGUUCAAAUAUUUGACAAGAUUAACAACACUACACAGAAUCACGAGUUGAAAUUGCCAGUUUAGGCUGAGUGUGGUGGCACAUGCCUGUAAUUCCAGCACUUUCGGAGGCCAAGGCAGGAGGAUCACUUGAGCCCAGAGUUUGAGGCUAUAGUGAGCUAUGAUUGCACCACUGCACUCCAGCCUGGGCAACAGAGCAAGACCCUGUCUCUUAAAAAAAGAGAGAGGGAGAGAAUUGCCAAUUUAAGGACUUAUGUGUUUCCAAAACUUGUUAUUUAUUAGAACAUCAUUUGUAGGAUUUGUAUAAAACAGUGCACGUCAACAUUAAUAUUUGUGGGAAUGACUCGCUCUUAACAACAGGUACAGCCACAAAUAUACUUUUAGUGUGUCAACAGCUACAAUAAGUAUUUUGACUACUUAUCUCCUAGGUACUCUUAUCCCAUAUUCUGGAAAUGUCUACCUUAACUUUAUUUAUAUAUUUUUUGAAACAGUCUUGCUGCAGCUCCCAGGCUCAAGUGCAGUGGUGCGAUCUCGACUCCACCUCCCGGGUUCAAGCAAUUCUUGUGCCUCAGCCGCCCGAGUAGCUGGGAUUAGAGGCAUGUGCCACCAUGCCCGGCUAAGUUUUGUAUUUUUUGUAGAGACACGGUUUUGCCAUGUUGGCCAGGCUGGUCUCGAACUCCUGACCUCAAAUGAUCCAACCGCCUCAGCCUCCCAGAGCACCGGGAUUACAGUACCUUAACUUUAGACUCUGUGUGUCAACGUUGCCUUCUCUUGCUUUCAAUUUGGCAUCAGUGGAUUUCUUUAAGCCAGGAAUGCCUCUAUGUUGAUUGUUAAGCAUUAAUUCUCACAGGAGAAUUAUAAUGCUUUUCCCCAUUUUCCCAAUUUCUUGACUGAUCGAUUUUGGGAUUCAGAAGAACAUACAGAUUUCCUGAUAAAUUCCAGGAGGGAUUUCCUGCAUAGAAACACUACUUUGGGGCUGGGCACAGUGGCUCAUGCCUAUAAUCCCAGCACUUUGGGAGGCCAAGGCGGUUGGAUCAUUUGAGGUCAGGAGUUCAAGACCAGUCUCGCCAACAUGGUGAAACCUCAUCUCUACUAAAAAUACAAAAAAAAAAAAAAAAAAAAAAAAAUUAGCCGGGCAUGGUGCUGUACACCUGUAGUCCAAGCUACCUGGGAGGCUGAGGCAGGAGAAUCGCUUAAACCCAGGAGGUGGAAGUUGCAGUGAGCAGAGAUUGUGCACUCCAGCCUGGGUGACAGAGUGAGAUUCUAUCUCAAAAAAGAAAAAGAAAGGCCGGGCGCGGUGGCUCAUGCCUGUAAUCCCAGCACUUUGGGAGGCUGAGGCGGGAGGAUCAUGAGGUCAGGAGUUCGAGACCAUCCUGAACAACAUGGUGAAACCCGUCUUUCCUAAAAAUACAAAAAUUAGCCAGGCAUGGUGGUGCGUGCCUGAAAUCCUACCUACUCAGGAGGCUGAGGCAGGAGAAUUGCUUGAACCCAGGAGGCAGAGGUUGCAGCAAACUGACAUCCCACCACUGCACUUCAGCCUGUGUGACAGAGGGAGAUUUGUCUCAAAAGAAAAGGAAAAAGAAAGAAAAAGAAACACUACUCUGGACUGAGCAGCAUCGGCAAGUCAAGUCUGCUGCUGGAAUUUUACCUAGAACAUUGAAUCUUGCCUUUUUGGUUUCAGGGGCCUCAGAGCCAGAGAAUCCAAGUAUGGAUCCUAGCUCUGCCAGUUCCUGGUGGCGAGGUCUUGGGCAAGUCACUUUACCUCUCUGAGCUUCAAUUUAAUGGAUAGAAUAAUGUGUGGGGAGUCAAUGCUUGCUUUUUGAGGCAAUAUUGUAGGAGGGUUAAGAGUGUGGCUCUGGAGUCAGUCUGAGGUUUGAAUCCUGGCUCCGUUACUUACCACCUCUUUGAUUUGAGGCAAGUUACGAACCACUCCAUUUUUCUCUUCUGUAAAGUGGUGGCACUGAUUGAUGAUUGUGGCAGACAUCAUCUUCAUAGUUUUCAUGAGUUUAAAUGGGAUCACAUAUGAAAAUGCUUAACAUAGAACAUGGUACAUUGUAAGUGCUUGAUAAAUGCAAACCACUGUAGCUGUUACCUGCUGUAUCUACCUCACCGGGCAGUCGUGAGGAUGAAAGGGAGGCUGUGUUGGGGAAGUGCUUUCUCAGCUGUGAAAUGGUAGCGACACACUUCUCUUGCCUUCAGAGAUGGGAUGGUUGGAAGCUAUGGGCAGACGUUAAUGGUAUCCCCAAAUAAGGGGCCUGAGAAUACUUACCUAUGUCCACAGAAGGUAGCUGUGUUGAGGCGAGUGUCACCAUGGGUAGCAGGAAAACAGUGCAAAAUGCUCUCAGCUAAGGGUUAAUUGUAGUCAUGAGGGCAAACUCUGGCAUGGUAUGACUUGGGGCACCCUUGGGGACAGGGAGAAAACUGAUUUUUCAGAAAGAGGCUUUAGAGGAAGGAUCAUGUUAAAUGGAACCUGCCCACUAUAUGUUUUUGUUUUUGUUUUUGUUUUUAAUUAGGGGCCGCAUCAGAGGAAGGGGACAUGUAAUAGAAGGUGGUUGGAGGGCUCUGACUUUUGUCUGAAACUGCUAUUGGUGAAAGGCUGAACUUAGGACACAUUCCUGUGAGCUGCAACCAGUGCACCCUCUCGCACUGUGCAUGCACCACGAUGUCAUUCAUUGCCUAGACCGUAGACCAAACAUGGCUCAAAGGGCCUUCCAGAGAGGAUCGCAUGUCAUUCUGACAGCAGCCCCUCAACAAUGUACAGAUGAGGGCUUGAAGUCUCAGAAAGUCAAGUCCAUUGUCCAAGGUCACACAACUGAUAUUAAUAUAUCAUGAAGUCAGGAUUCAGACACAGUCCAAGCUCUUUUUUUUUUUUUUUUUUUGAGCCGGAGUCUCACUCUAUCACCCAGGCUGGAGUGCAGUGGCACAAUCUUGGCUCACUGCAACCUCCUCCUCCCAGGUUCAAGUGAUUCUCGUGCCUCAGCCUCCCGAGUAGCUCGGACUAUGGACUUGUGCCACCGCGCCUGGCUAGUUUACAGUCCAAGCUCUUAACCUCACCAGCCUGCCUCAACCACCAGGGGCCAGACUGCUGAUCUUGAACAAGGAAGAAGAAAAUCCAAAUGGUUUCAGUGCCUAAAUGUCCUCCUUUCUUGCCUUUGGUAACAACUUUUUCUGUCUCUGAAUAUCAUUGCUACUUCUCUGGACACUGCUUCUUUGCUUCCAGGGCUGUUUUUCUUGCUUAGCCCUAAGUCAGCCUCGUUUGGGCCCUGUCCUUAGACUCUUUCUUCUGCACGGGUCUGUGAAAGAUCUCCUUUAUGUGCGCAGCUCCAGCUGUUGGUCCUUUCUCAGUAGUCUAACCCAGACUGCCCCUCUGAGCGCCAGCCUGAGCAGCCAGCUGCCUCCUUGACAUCCCCUCUCUGGGUCUCAUUCGUGAUGUCUCCCCUAACACGGCUUGCUUCCAAAGUGCCACCUCCUCCCUGCCAUGGCCUCUUAGUUCCAAAUUGUGGCAUAGUGGUGGGGAAUUUAGAAAGGCUUCAAAGACGAAGCCUCUUGAAUGAGUUCUCAGGGCUAGAGAUAGACCACAGAGUGUGUUCUCUGAGCGCUACCAACAGUCUGGGGGUGAAUUUAGAGAGUGGAAUUCACCAUUUAAUCAGUCAGCUGGCUAUGGAAUGCCCAGCUGCAUGCCAGGUCCAGCCGCUGGGGUGGAAAGAUGCAUUCAUGAGUAGAACAAACAGGAUUCCUGGCUUCAGGGAGCAUCCAGGCUGUUGGAGAAGACAGACGUCAUGCAAUCCCCCAAAAUACACUCUUAUAAACUGUGAUAAGUGUCAUGAAGGAAAAGUUCUUGGUGCCAUGAAAGCAUAUUGUAGAUCUAAAUUAGAUUAAGAUGGUCAAAGAAGGUCAUUGUGAGAAAGUGACAAUUACUGUCUCCCUGAGAUCUGAAUUGGGGAGGAGAAUCCCAUAGACAAGCAAGAGUAGGAACAAAAGACCCAAGGGUGGGAAAGAGCUUGGUAUGGUGGGGAAACUGAAAGGCAAUCCUUAUAGUGGGAGCUGAGCAUGCAGGGGCUUGGGCUGAGAUAAAGCCAGGUGGCCUGGGCGGGGGUGAUGACAGAGCCUCGUGGGCCACAGUAAGGAGCCUGGAGGCUUUAGGUUAGCUUUUUUUUUUUUUUCUUAAAUUUGAGACACAGACUCACUCUGUCCCCAGGCUGGAGUGCAGUGGUGUGAUCUUGGCUCAUUGCAACCUCUACCUCCGAGGUUCAAGCUAUUCUCCCACCUUAGGCUCUCAAGUAGCUGGAUUACAGGUGCCCGCCACUACACCUGGCUGAUUUUUGUAUUUUUAGUAGAGAGAGAGUGUCACCAUAUUGGCCAGACUGGUCUCGAACUCUUGACCUCAAGUGAUCCACCCUCCUCUGCUUCCCAAAGUGCUUACAAAUCCCCAAAGGGAUUACAGGCAUGAGCCACCAUGCCCUUCCUGGUUUAACUUUUUAUUUGGAAAUAAUUUCAAAGUUACAGAAAAGUCUCAAGAAUAGUACAAUGGACAUCUGCAUAGCCUUUGUCCCAGAUUCACCUGGUGUUCACAUUUUACCCCAUUUCUCUGUCACUGGCCAUCUCUCUAUUUAAGGUAUAUACAGAUGACUUUGAUUCCAAUCUAGUUGAGAAUAAGUUGCAGACCUCAUGUUCCUCUACCCCUAAAUAGUGUGUUUCCUCCCACAGUACAGUUAUCCACUGCAUUAAAUUUCACACUGAUCCAAUGUGGUAUCAAAUUUACUUUGUCACUUGUCUCAGUAACACCCUUUAGAUGCCAUUUCUCCUCUAGCACAGGAUCAAGUCUAAGAAUGAUGUAUUGCAUUCGGUUGUUGUUUCUCUCUAGUAUCCCUUAAUCAGGAAUGGUUAGCCUUUCUUUGUCUGCAUGGUGUUGAUAUUAUUGAAGAAUUCAAUCUUCCCCUUUAUCUUAAUAGAACAUUCUUCACUUGAGGUUUGUCUACUUGUUUCUUCAUUAUAAUAUAUGGAUUAUGCAUUCCUGGCUGGAAGACUGUGUAAGUGAUACUGUGUCCUUCUCAGUGUAACAGCUAAAGCCACACAUGUCUGUCUGUUCCUCCGUGGUGAUUUUUUUUAUAACAGAGUCUUGCUCUGUUGCCCAGGCUGGAGUGCAGUGGUGUGAUCUCAGCUCACUGCAACCUCCGCCUCCUGGGUUCAAGCAAUUCUCCCUGCUUCAGCCUCCCUAGUAGCUGGGAUUACAGGUACCCACCACCACGCCCAGCUAAUUUUUGUAUUUUUUAGUAGAGACUGGGUUUCGCCAUGUUGGCCAGGCUAGUCUUGAACUCCUGCCCUCAGGUGAUCCGCCUGCCUCGGCCUCCCAAAGUGCUGGGAUUACAGGCGUGAGCCACCACACCCAGCCCCUCCUUGGUGAUUUUAAUUUUGAUCACCAAGUCAAGGUUAUUUGAUUUCUCCAAUCUAGAGUUACUAUUUUUCCCUUGUAACAAGUAAUCUAUGAGGAGGUAUUUUAUAACCGUGACUACAUCCUAUUCCACAUCAAAAGUUAAAUAGAUGAGAUUUAACACCUAUUGAUGAUUCUUGCCUAAGAAUCACGAUGGUUACAGAAUAGUAACUCAACCCCAGGACUCCCUCCACAUUUAUUAGUCAACACUUGGCAUUCUUCUGUCCACUUAUUUUAGAUUCACUAUUCGUAGGGACUCUUGGAUUUCUAUUAUUUUCCAAUAAAUUUUAUAAUUAGUUAUUAAUCUUAAUUAUUUUGGUGCUCAGAUUGUCCCAGAUUUGGCCGCUGGAAGCUCCUUAAAACUACAAGCCUGGAUUUCAUCCCAGCUUCAGUGUAGUGGCAUGAUUCAGUUUACGGAUAAGAUCACCGUGACUACUGUAUGAGAAUGCACUUAUAGGGGCACACAUGAGGAAGCAGGGAGACCCUCGUGUAGUCCAGGUGGGAGAUGUGGCUUAGAUUAGGGUUGUGACAUACAUGGGGAGGGAAUGGAUGGAGGUAAGAGAAACAUUGGAAGCCAAGUGCUGUGGCUCACGUCUGUAAUCCCAACACUUUGGGAGGCCAAGGCAGGAGGAUCGCUUGAGGCCAGGAGUUUGAGACCUGCCUGGGCAACAUAGCAACACCCUGUCUCUUAAAAAAAAAAAGUAAGAAUCAGCUGGGCGCGGUGGCUCACACUUGUAAUCCCAGCACUUUGGGAGGCCAAGGCAGGCGGAUCACGAGGUCAGGAGUUCGAGACCACGGUGAAACCCCGUCUCUACUAAAAAUACAAAAAAUUAGCCCGGCGUGGUGGCGGGCGCCUGUAGUCCCAGCUACUCGGAGAGGCUGAGGCAGGAGAAUGGCGUGAACCCGGGAGGUGGAGCUUGCAGUGAGCCGAGAUCGAGCCACUACACUCCAGCCUGGGUGACAGAGCGAGACUCCGUCUCAAAAAAAAAAAAAAAAGUAAGAAUUAGCCAGGCAUGGUGCUGUGCACCUAUAGUCCUAGCUAUUCGGAAGGCUGAGGUGGGAGGAUCACUUGAGCCCAGGAGUUUGAGGCUCCAGUGAGCCAUGAUUGUGCCACUGCACUCCAGCCUCAGUAACAGAGUGAGACCCUGUCUCUAAAAUAAAAUAAAAACAUUGGAGGUAGAAUCAGCAGGAUUUAGUGGUGGAUUGAACGCACAGUCAGAAAGGGCAGAGUUGAGAGCCACCGGAGCAUCCGGGGCAAUGGUGAUGUUGACUUAAUACAGGGAAGACAAGCAGAGUAAGGGGUUGGGUGGUGGGGGGGGGAGGUGUUAGAUUCGUUGAGUUUGAGGGGUCUGGAAUAUCCAGUGUUCUCUGGCACCCAAGUGAAGGGGUCAGUGAGACAACUAGACUCUGGAGCUGACCCAGAAGUCCAGACCAGAAGUAAACUUAAGGCCACGAAUCCAGGUCUUGGAUGAAAUGUUGUAAGGGGAGAAUGUGGACUGAGAUGGGAGUGCACUGUUUGGGGGUGCAGGGGUGUAUGGCCAGAAUUUGCAGUGGAGAGGUAGGUGGGGACCAGGGCACAUGGCGCCUGGAGUGUCAGGCCAAAUGCUUAGCGCUGGGGAGCCCAAUGAAGAGUCCUGGGCAGAGCAGUGAAUGACAGGUGUGAUUGGCAUUUCAGCAGGACUGUUCUGAUAGCCAGUACAGAUGAUCUGGGGGGGCUGUGGCAGUGGCCGAUGCUGUCGUCCUUUCUAAAGUAAAUCUGCUCAUCUCUUGCCCCUGGAGGUGGCUCAGGCAGGUCGCCAUGCCUGAAUGCCCUCUCCUUGUUCAUCUGGGUGCAAAAAUGAUGAUUAAAACACCUGUCUCAACUGCACUCACCAGCCCCCGGUGAUGUGAUAGCAAACCCAUGUCUCUCUGCCUCAUUGUGGCUAGAGCUAUACAACCUGCUCCUUUACCAGCCCCUGGUGAUGUGACAGCAAACCCAUGUCUCCCUGCCUCAUUGUAGCUAGAGCUAUACAACCUGCUCCCGGGACCUUUUCCCAGCCAGAUAUAACACAGCAGGUGUGAGUGUGCACAGGCUGGUCCCCAAGGCUUGCUGGAGUCUGUUUGGGGACCAUAAUCCUCUGCCCUGGCAUGCUUUGAGUUCACUGUGGUCUCUGUCAUUCCGGCCAGUGCUCAUUCAAACCUGUAUAUUGUCCCCUCCCACCCCGCACAGCCCAUAGAGGGUGGGUUCAAGUCAGAAUGAACAUCCUGGGGUGCAGGCAUCCAGGAAGUAUGCAGUCCUGCCUAUGGGGUGCUGACAGCCCCUUGGCAGGACACAGAUAACCAAAGGCAGAAACUGUAAGAGACCAGAGGGAGGGGCAGGUGCUCUGGGAGCCCAGGAAAGGCCAGAGUGUUUCUGGUUGGAGAAAUCAGGGUCGGUCCUCAGAGAAGAUGGCAUUUGAACUGGGACUUGAGGAGAAGACUAUUUUCCAUUUCACACAAGAAAUCCUUGAUUAUUCAGUAAAAAGAGGAAAUACAAGAAAAAAUCAGACUAGUCUGGCCAACAUGGUCUAAAAAUACAAAAUUAGCCAGGCAUGGUGGCGGGCGCCUGUAAUCCCAGCUACUUGGGAGGCCCAAGCAGGAGAAUCGCUUAAACUCAGGAGGUGGAGGUUGCGGUGAGCCGAGAUCAUGCCACUGCACUCCAGCCUGGCAGACAGAGCAAGACUCCAUCUCAAAAAAAAGUAAAAAAAAAAAAGAAAAAAAGGCCGGGUGCAGUGGCUCAUGCCUGUAAUCCCAGCACUUUGGGAGGCCGAGGUGGGUGGAUCAUGAGGUCAGAAACUCGAGACCAGCCUGGCCAAUAUGGUGAAACCCUGUUUUUACUAAAACUACAAAAAUUAGCCGGGUGUGGUGGCAGGUGCCUGUAAUCCCAGCUACUCCGGAGGCUGAGGCAGGAGAAUCACUUGAACUCGGGAGGCGGAGUUUGCAGUGAGCUGAGGUAGCGCCAGUGCACUCCAGCCUGGACGACAGAGCGAGACUUCAUCUCAAAAAAAAAAAAGGAAAAAGAAAAACAAUCAAAGCCCCACUUCCUCAUAUUUUAUUGACAUUGUCAACACAGCCAUUAUAGGUUGCAUAACAAUCCAUUAGGUGGAUCCUGCAUAGUUAGUCCUCUUAUUGUUGGACUAAUUCAUUCCAGGCCUCAGGACAUGGGCUUCCAGCCUGUGGCUGGGCAAUGGGGCCAGAUGCAACUCAGGAAUCAGUGCUUGAGUCCAUCUGCUCAUUUUCUUCCACUCAUAAUGUCUAUUAAGAACUCAAUGCCUACCAGGCCCUGUGGAUCCAACGAGUAUCAGGACAUGGUUCCUGUCCUGUCAAGUCUACUAGUAAGUGAGUCAUAAGUGAAAAGAAUUAGUUGUAGAGAAACCUGUAGAGUGCCACAAUCAAGGCACAGGAUGUUCAAGAUGCGGUGAUGACACAGACACAGGAGCUUCAGCCCUGGGAACAGGAGAGGACACCAGGCGGAGCUCGAGGAGUGAGAGGGGACAGGCCUGAUGACACACGCCAGGGGACCAAGCCUGCGGGGAUGCCUCCAAGCGUGUCUCUGUCCACAGGCAGAAAACUCAUCCCACCACCUCUCAGGCCUCUGAGUGUUUACUUUUUCUGUUUUCUAUUUCAAAUAUUCCAUUUCUCCCAUUUUUGGAGGAACUGUUUUUAUACUACUUUCCAAAAUCCCAACUUGCAAGCAUGCUUAAUUCGUUUCAUUUUUUUUCUAUUUUUGACACUAAAAGCAUUUAAUGCUGUUUUUACCUCUGCAUAUAGCUUUGGCUGUUAAUCCUACUUUUUAAAUUAUUUUCUAAAUCAUCUGUUUUUUAAUUUUUUUAAUUCUUGAUUUACAUCUUGUCCUAAGGAUAAUUUGAGGUGCUACUUACGUUUCAAAAUUUCUAAGUGGUAUGUUUUACAUUAUUGUUAGUUGUAUUGCAUUUUGAUCUGAGAAUGGUUUCUAGAAUUUCUACUUUUCAAAAUUUACCAAAAUAUUCUUUGUAGCUUAAUAAUUAUUUAAUUUUGUCCACUGUCUGUGAAACUUGAAAAGAAGGUGUACUGUUUGUUUUCAGGGUAAGAAAUUUAUAUGUUCAUAUUUUCUAUGUCCUUAUUUAUUUUUUGAUUAUUUGUUCAGAAAAUGUGUUAGAAUAUUUCCAAUAAAACUGUUUCUCAUGUU